AUGACAGGUGCUGAGCUACUGUCGCCUACAAAUCAUGGGAACGAAAAGCCCCGUUUCAGAAAGCCUCAUCACCUCGAAGCACGUCACAAUCCAGCAACUGCCAUUGCAAGGCGUCCUGCUGCAGCAUCUCCCAAUCCCGCCAAUCCCACUCUGGGACCUGUUGCUCCAGCACCUACCAAUAUAGUAACUCCCACUCCAGCAGCUCCUGCUCUUGUACUUCAAAAUUCAGCAAAUGCUAUUUCAGCAUCUUCUGCUCCAGCACCUCACAAUACAACUCCUAGUGCUCCAGUGCCUUCUCUUCAACCACCUCCCAAUCCAGAAUUUCCCAAACCAGUGUCUCCUAUUCCAGCACUUAAGAGUCCCACAACUUCUUCUCUGCUUCCAAGUGUACCAGUGUCUCAAAAUCCAGCAACUACCACUGUGACGCCUCCAGCAGCAGAGCCUUCCUAUUCUGCAAUUACUGCUCUGUUACUGUGUCAAGAGUGGGGCAGCCAUCGCGGCUGGGGACGACCGCCGGCUGGGUCGUGCAGUGCAGCCACGGCGAUCCCUCCUGGUGCUCUUUUACCCGCCGCAGAGGAGGCGGUGGCCGACCCCCUAGUGAAUUGGAUGGCUGGAGGACAGCGGGCCGCAGCCAGUGACCCGUGCAAAAACAAGCCGCUCUGCGCUGGGCCGGCCGCUGAGGAGCGGCGAGGAGAGGGGUGCGACGCUUCUGUCCCGUCCGCCGCUGGAGAGCCCGGAGCUUCAUGGAUAAUCAAUGGCGGCGGACAGCCCGGCUCCAGCUGGGGCAAUAACGGCGAGUCUAAUAAAAUGUCUCGUCAGUACCAGAGGUUUCUCAUAUAUGAAGGAGUAUCAGCUAUAGUAAAUGAAGCAAGUGAAGGUGAUGAAAGUGAUCCAGAAGAUGAUACAGUUGUGACAUACGAUAGUGAUACAGCAACUGAAAUAUCUGCCCUAUUUGAGAACAACCAAGCAGAAUGGGAGAAAGAGUCCACCACCACCAACACUUACCGAUUAUCUUUUGUAGAAUGGGUUAAGGGAUCUAGGUAA